AAAUGUGUCUCAGUCUGUCGUAUCUCUGAAAUCUGCUCAUUUGGUAUUUAAUUUAAAAUACCUAUUGUUCUUUGUUUUAUCAUUCCUAUAAUGAGUACGAUUUUAGUAAAGGAUUUUGAUUUUUAAACAGAUUUUUAUAUCUUUCCAUAAAAGUAUGGGAGUAUUUCACAAAGAACCUGCUUUUUUAAAUAUUCUGUCGUACUUCUUGCAUUUGUAUCCUUGGAUAUCAGCCACAAUUACUCUCUAAUAUGAAAUUGAUUAGAAGUGAUUGUGGUCUGACUUCUGAGGUGAAAAGAUUAUCAGGAGCAGGAAGCACAUGUUUAUUUUCUUUAAUUAUAAAUGAGUGUUGACUGAUUUUUGUGUAUAAAAACCCUGUGUAGCUGCUUUUUCCAUGUUUUACUUACGGCUAAAGGGAAGGCUUUAAUCACCUGCAACACAAGUACUACCUUUAGACAGAUAAUCCAUUUUGCAGAGGAUUAGAAGCUAGUAUUAAAAAAAAAAAAAAAACUGAGAGUUUGCCUAGUGGUGUUAAAGUCCACUAGAUAAUUCAGCAUGUGUGAUCAUUCCAUGCCCUAUUUCUGAUAAUGCUCUUUAUUUCUCACUUGUAAACCUGUCUGGAAUACUCGGACUUGGGGAAAAAAAUGGUCUUUCAACAUCUUGUAAUACUGGAAAAAAUGACAGUUUGAGUUAGCAAUCUUAAUUUGUGGGAUUCUCCUCACACUUUUCAUAGCCCAGAGGAUUCUUCUCCCAUACCCUACUUUCUCCUUUUUCACACCUCAAUAGUGUUGUUGAUCUCCUGCUAUCUAAUUAUUAUUUUAUCAUUUAUUUAGUUCCAACAAUAUCCUCAGCACUGUACAAAGUGCAAAAAUAAAGAUAAUGGCUGCUUCAAAGAACUACAGGUUUUUAAGAAGAAGAAAACUGGUGUAGGGAUGGGAAGGCUCGCAGAUGGGUCAGGGGCUGUGGAGAGUGGCUAGGAACCAGCAGCUGCAACAACAAGGAUACAGUGGGCAAGGCUAUCUCACCAGAGAGCAUGGUAGAAGAUUAGCUACUAACAGCAUUUCAAACACAAGCCAUCGUAAACAAGCCCAAGGAGGAAUUGACAUCUAUCAUCUGCUGAAAACAAGAAAAUCUAAAGAACAAGAAGGAUUCAUUAACCUGGAAAUGCUGCCCCCUGAGCUUAGUUUUACCAUUUUGUCAUAUCUGAAUGCAACUGACCUCUGCCUGGCUUCUUGUGUCUGGCAGGAUCUUGCUAAUGAUGAGCUUCUCUGGCAAGGGUUGUGCAAAUCCACUUGGGGACACUGCUCUAUAUACAAUAAGAAUCCACCUCUAGGGUUUUCUUUUAGAAGAUUGUAUAUGCAGCUGGAUGAGGGCAGUCUUACCUUUAAUGCCAAUCCUGAUGAGGGAGUUAACUACUUUAUGUCCAAGGGUAUACUGGAUGAUUCACCAAAGGAAAUAGCUAAGUUUAUCUUUUGUACAAGAACACUAAAUUGGAAGAAACUGAGGAUCUAUCUUGAUGAAAGGAGAGAUGUUUUGGAUGACCUUGUGACACUGCACAACUUCAGAAAUCAGUUCUUGCCAAAUGCACUGAGAGAGUUUUUCAGGCACAUUCAUGCCCCUGAGGAGCGUGGGGAGUAUCUUGAAACUCUUAUAACAAAGUUCUCACACAGAUUCUGUGCUUGUAAUCCUGAUUUGAUGAGAGAACUUGGCCUUAGCCCUGAUGCAGUUUAUGUACUAUGCUACUCUUUGAUUCUGCUUUCCAUUGAUCUUACCAGCCCUCAUGUGAAGAACAAAAUGUCAAAGAGAGAAUUUAUCCGAAACACACGACGUGCUGCUCAGAACAUUAGUGAAGAUUUUGUAGGACACCUUUAUGACAACAUCUACCUUAUUGGCCACGUGGCUGCCUAAAAGCACAAUUUGCUAGGACUAAGAAUUUGUAGUUUACAAAAACUAAAGCUACCCAAGGAGUUAAUUAUUUUGUAGAUAUGGGGGUUAUAUUAGUGCUGGUCAUUCUAACCUCUGUAUACAAUCACACUGUGUGUUGUAUGUACUACCUUUUUUAAAAAAUUUACCAUGGGAACGGAAGGAUUUUGCUGAAUUUUUUUCUUAAUUUUGUUUGUUUUGCACAAAGCAGUGCCAUUAGUCUGACACAGCCAUUUAUGAAUGUUAAACUAACAUUACAAUCUAAAGCUGACAAGAUGGUGGAUUUGUGCAUUAGAUUUGCUUGAAAACUUUAACCAGUUCCAUUAUUUUUUAAAAUACCAUGUAAUGUGUAAAUAUUUAACUAAAGAGAUUUAUAAUCAUAAUUAUUUUAUUGUAAAAUAUUUUAACUAAAGUUUUUCCUUUUUCUCUCUUAAAAA